UGCACUACAGAUUUUUUGCAUAACAUUAUGCAGGAAGGAUUUGGUCUUCAAAAGAUGAUGAAGGUCAUUCCUUCAAAGGCUUUGGUGAUCAAAAUCAACUUGAUCUUCCUUGCUUUCUUCCUUGUAGUUUAUGCAUCUCUUCUUCUCCGGCCAUCUACUUCAGUUUACUUUGAGAAUGCUGCGUCGAUUGUUAGGUGUUCAUUGCGUGAGUGCCAUCACAAGGCGGGCACAGGUCUUAAGAUGAAGGCGGUUUUGGAGGAGACAGAAGCUGCAAAUUCACAAAAGGUUAAAGGAAACCUGACCAAGAUAAUAGAAAUGCCAAGCUUCAUGAUUGAAAUGGGGGGAGGAAUGAAGAUUGGGAUGGUGAAUAUGGAAGACCUGGAUGUGAGCGAAUGGAGCGCACGCAGCUUGGAAACAAUACCAGUCACAUUCGAACGGGUCUCCGAGUAUUUUGAAUGGAAAGAUUUGUUUCCUGAAUGGAUAGACGAGGAGGAAGAGAUUGAUGUUGCAACCUGCCCCGAGGUGCCAAUGCCGGAUUACAGAAGGUACGAAAACAUGGACAUGAUUGUGGCGCAAUUGCCAUGCAAGUUUCCGGAGAAGGGUUGGGCAAGAGACGUGUUGAGGCUCCAAGUUCAUCUUGUGGCAGCAAAUUUAGCAGUGAAGAAAGGGAAGAGAGACUGGUACAGCAAGACCAAGGUGGUGUUUUUGAGCAAGUGCAGGCCGAUGAUGGAGCUGUUUAGAUGCGAUGAUUUGGUGAAACAAGAAGGAGAUUGGUGGUUUUUUGAGUCGGACAUGGGGAGGUUGGAGCAGAAGGUUUCAUUGCCAGUUGGGUCUUGCAAAUUGUCUUUACCACUUUGGGGACAAGGGAUACGUGAAGUCUUCGACAUCUCCAACAUUCAAAGCUCGACAAAGACACCAAAACGAGAAGCCUACGUUACAGUUCUUCAUUCCUCUGAAUCCUAUGUUUGCGGUGCCAUAACCCUCGCCAAAAGCCUCAUCCGAACCGGCACAAAGCGCGACCUCAUACUGCUCAUAGAUAGCUCCAUCUCCACCCCCAAACGCGACGCCCUCGCCGCCGCAGGCUGGAAGAUACGCAUCAUCGAGCGGAUACGCAACCCUAGAGCCGAGAAGGACACGUACAACGAGUACAACUACAGCAAGUUCCGACUUUGGCAACUCACUGACUACGACAAACUCAUAUUCAUUGAUUCCGACGUCCUUGUUUUACGUAACCUCGACAUCCUCUUCUACUUCCCUCAGUUGUCAGCCACCGGCAACGACGUUUCCAUCUUCAACUCCGGCAUAAUGGUUAUCGAGCCCUCCAACUGCACGUUUCGAGUGCUCAUGGAUCAUCGAGAAGACAUAAUUUCGUACAACGGCGGUGACCAAGGUUUCCUCAACGAAAUCUUUGUGUGGUGGCACCGGUUCCCGAGGAGGGUGAAUUUCUUGAAGAAUUUUUGGGCGAACACGACGGUGGAGACAGGGUUUAAGAACCAGCUGUUCGGGGCGGACCCGCCUAAGGUUUAUUCUAUACACUAUUUAGGGUUGAAGCCAUGGCAAUGCUAUAGGGACUAUGACUGUAACUGGAACAUUCCGGACCAACGUGUUUAUGCGACCGAUGUGGCGCACCGGAGGUGGUGGAAGUUUCACGACACCAUGGAUGAAGGGUUGCAGCGUUUUUGUGGGUUGACGGAGAGGAGGAGGAUUGAGUUGGAUUGGGACACAAAGAAGGCUAGGGAGAUGGGGUUGCCUGAUGAGCAUUGGCGGAUUAAUAUUACAGAUCCUAGACGGUCUCAUUUGAUGGAUUAGAACUAAUUUGAACUAUUUUUCUCUUUUCGUUUUUUUUGUUUUUUGGCUUUCUUUUUACCCCUUUUCUCUCUACGCGUAGAAGGAUAUUUGAGAUUUCUACAUUACACCACAUAAUUUAUAUGUGUGAAUAGAUGGUUAGAAAAACACUGCCUAAGAUCUUGGUCUCAGCCAUAUAUAAUAUGGAUAUCUAUGCUGAUCUUGAUCA